GUUAAGGCAUUUUGCACAGUGUGUACCUGAACGCAACACGAAAAAUUCGAACAAUUUUCCUACUCUGUCGCAGGACCACCGUUAAACAUGCGAAGUAUGGCGGAGUGGGAUCCACCUGCCAACGAGCAGAGCUCCUGGUUAUUAAGGUGGCUUCCAUCGUGGUGCCCCACUUCCCUCUCUCAGCUUAAAGAUGCGGAGGAGAAAAUGCUGAAAAGUGUUAAGCAGCCUUUCUCCAGACGGCACGUCCGCAUCUCCAACGGAAACUACCUGUGGACCAUCGCGUUCCAGCCAUCGUCCGCUCUGCAGUCCAGACCCCCUCUGGUUUUGCUGCACGGCUUCGGCGGCGGCGUCGCCCUAUGGACUCAAAAUCUGGACUCUCUCUCCGGCGGCGGUCCGGUCUACGCCGUGGAUUUGCUGGGCUUUGGCCGAAGCAGCCGCCCGCUGUUCAGCGGUGAGCCCGAGGGGGCCGAGGAGCAGUUCGUGGAAGCCCUGGAAGAGUGGAGGGAGGAGAUGGGCCUGCAGGAAAUGCUGCUGCUGGGACACAACCUGGGAGGAUAUUUGUCUGCUGCCUACACCCUCAGAUACCCAAACAGGGUCAAACAUUUGCUGCUGGUCGAGCCGUGGGGCUUCCCCGCACGUCCCGAGAACCCCCACCAUAACUCCAUCCCAGUGUGGAUCCGAGCCAUGGGGGCCGUCAUGAGCCCCUUCAACCCGCUCGCUGGCCUCAGGCUGGCCGGGCCUUUAGGUCCGACGCUGGUCCAAACAAUCCGGUCCGACUUCAAGCAAAAGUAUUCCUCCAUGUUUGACGACAACACCGUGUCCAACUACAUCUACCAUCUCAACGCGCAGACUCCCAGCGGCGAAACGGCUUUCAAGAACAUGACCAUCCCGUACGGCUGGGCCAAGCGACCCAUGCUGGAGCGCAUCGGCCAGGUGCAGGCGGGAAUUCCCAUUUCUUUCAUCUACGGCUCCCGCUCCAGCAUCGACAGCGCCUCGGGAUACGCCUUCAAGAAAACCAGGCCGGAGGUGGGAAUCACGGUGAUUCGAGGGGCGGGCCAUUACGUUUUUGCCGACCAGCCUGAAGACUUCAACCAAACAGUCCUCCGCAUCCUUGCCAGGACCGAGACGAACAGUACAGAUUUUGGCGGCCCAAAGCCAUGACAACGCCUACGUUUUUUGUUUUGUUUUUGUUUGUUUUUUUCUAAGCGGACACACACUUUGAACUCAACCCCACUACCUAACAGGGACGGUCGAAACCAUUCAAGCUUUUCUCUUAUGCACUUUAGACGCUCAUUUGCCAGUCGGGAGAAACUCUUCCGAGGGCCACCGAGGAUUGCACCAAAUCGGCGCUCUGAAAAAUGUGAUCACGUGCCUUUGGGAAAAGAUGUUGGGCAAAUCUUAUCGGGAUCUGGAAGGACAAUUCUCCGAAGUGGACGUCUUGUUUGGAGCACGGAUCUAUACGGAAUGUUCUCGCAGAUACGAGGGAAAAAGUCAAUAGGACAAAGGACAAAUGCUCGUCUGUGUAUGUUGUCGAAAUUGUCCACUCUCCCAACCAGCAGGUGGCAGCACAGCACGCCGCCUCGUGUACUGUGCUGCACUAACAAAAUCGGCCGUGCAUGGGUGUUUUAAAGGACAGUCUCGGCACAACAGUACAUCCACACAAAAUCGGGUCGCGUUUGACUCAAAAUAGACUUCUUGUUUCAAGGACACACAGCAAAAGUGAGACAUCCUGCUCCCGUUUUGGGGAAUAAAUAAAUACAUGCAAGGAAGCUGUUACCUACAUUAAAGAAAUGUGCUGCCUACGCACACAUGGUUUUUGGUUUGAAAUAGCCACUAUUGCUGGAACAUUUCUGACACCACUUUGGAUUGUUCCGCCGUUUUCUAUUUGAUCUUGAUUGAUUUUUUUUUUUGCAUUUCCUUUAAACCCUGCUAUAGACCAAGGGUCAACAAACUUUUUGUUGUGAGAACCACCCCUCCCCCCAGCUACUCAAAUGUACUCAAGUAUAUCAUGUAAUAUAUAUAUCAUGGCCAUACUCUCAUCAUAAACAACACAAAUGACAAACUUGAACACUUAUUUGCCAGGAAGUGUGUGCCUGUUUCAAUAAUCGAACGUUUGAUUGUAAAUAAAAAAAAAUCCCAAGCCGAA